AUGCCUGUUGUUCUUGAGGAUUAUCAGAAGAACUUUUUGGAUUUAGCAGUUGAAUCUCAGGCCUUGAGGUUUGGUGAGUUUACUUUAAAAUCUGGAAGAAAGUCUCCUUACUUUUUUAACUUGGGGUUGUUCAACACGGGGAAGUUGCUAAGUAACCUAGCUACUACUUAUGCGAUUGCGAUCAUUCAGUCAGAUUUGCGGUUUGACGUUGUUUUCGGUCCUGCGUACAAGGGUAUUCCACUAGCGGCGAUUGUUUGUGCAAAGUUGGCGGAGAUCGGUGGAUCAAAGUUUCAAAACAUACAAUAUUCGUUCAACAGGAAGGAGAAAAAGGACCAUGGAGAAGGCGGUAACAUUGUUGGUGCAGCUUUGAAGGAUCAGAAAGUUCUGAUCAUUGAUGACGUCAUGACUGCAGGUACCGCCAUCAAUGAAGCCUUUGACAUUAUUGCCAGAGAGAAGGGUGAAGUUGUUGGAUGUAUCAUUGCUCUAGACAGACAAGAAGUAAUCAGCACAGAAGCAAAUGGAGGGCCAACUGCUACUAAAUCUGUGAGCAAGAAGUUUGGCAUCCCAGUUUUGAGCAUCGUUACGUUGUCCGACAUAAUUGCUUACUUAGAUGGCCGAAUUUCUCCAGCUGCCAAAAGAAGCAUGGAAGAGUACCGCCAAACAUAUGGCGCUUAA